CCCAUGCCACACUUCACUAUCCCGAAGGACGAAUUUAUCAGACGUGAGAACAUACCUCAGAGUAAACUCUCUUCAACUGUUCACAAAUUCUCCAGUCUCCCCCCAUCUUUCUCUCCACUUAUUAAGCACUUUCCUUCUAUCCUUCUCUUCCAUCUUCCUAGCUAGUUCCUCCCCAUAUAAAAAUCCUUCCUUCUUGUUCGCUCAAACACUACGAUCACUCAAAACCAUUCAAAACCGUCUCUUUAAUGGCUCUUGAAACGUUGAAUUCUCCAACUUCAGCACCUCCACUGCUCCACCAUGAUGAUAUAGUCGACCUCCACUGUGUUGAGCAGUGGACAAAGAGGAAAAGAACGAAACGACCCAGAAUUGAAAACCCACCAACGGAAGAAGAAUACCUAGCCCUUUGUCUUCUCAUGCUGGCUCAGGGAACCACUACCAGAACUAGCCCCUCAGCUGCAGCCAAAAACUCCCUCAAUCAUUACAAGUGUACAGUUUGUAACAAAGCAUUUCCAUCUUAUCAAGCUUUAGGAGGGCACAAGGCCAGUCACAGGAAACUUGUUGGAGCUGAAGAACACCCCACCACCACCACCACUGCUGCUGUAUCUGCUGCUGCUGUCACCACAGCCACGGUGGCUACUAAUUCACCUCCCAUAAACCCAGGCGGCAAGACUCACUUGUGUUCGAUUUGUUACAAGACGUUUGCUUCAGGUCAAGCCUUAGGAGGACAUAAACGAUGCCACUAUGAAGCUGGUAGCAACAAUAACAGCGGCAGCGAUGGUGUUAAAUCGUCGAGCCAAAGUCAACGUGACUUUGACUUGAAUUUACCUGCUGUACCAGAGGAAACAACUAUUGACGUUAAUAAAAAAGAUGAAGAGGUGGAGAGUCCUUUGCCGCCGGCGAAGCGCGGUAGCUGCCACGUUCGUUGAAUGUCAUAGUAAAAAAGUUUAGAUUUAGAAUCUCAGGCGAAUGAUUGGAGUGGACUUUGCUGUCUUAUUUAGUUCUUUUUAUUUUAGCAUGUUCAUCGUUACUUGUUUAUGAUUUUUUUUUUGUUGGGACAUUAAUGUAGUAAUGUUUAUGUACAUGAGGAUUGAGGAGAUUAUAAAAAUUUUCUUUGGUUG